AGUCUUUUUGGGGGUUUUUUGUUAUUACGCCGCCCAUCCACCACACCACCCCCAACCUCCACAACUUGCUGCCGUUUUCCUGUACAUCUUCUUCAUUAUGGACGCACUCGCUGCUGAGCUGGAGCGCAAGCGCAAGUUGCUCGAUCCGACCGGCACCGGGCAGCCCAAAAAGUACUUUCGCAAGGCCGACCUCGACCAGCGCAAGCUCGAACUCGCGCGUGCAGCCAGCGCCAUUGUCAAUGGUGGAUCUGCGACGACAGCGGCAGGAGCGGCACCAGCUGCUGAUGCCGGUACUCCUGUGCUCGAUGCGGCUGCACGACAGCUCGCUGCUGCCAAUGCCGCUGCCAAUGCGUCGUCCGCCUCUCCUAUGAAUACAAGCUCAGCUCCGGCCAGCGCUUCAAGCAGCUCUAUCACUGCUUCAUCAUCAUCAUCAUCAUCCUCGUCUGCAGGUGCUGCGGCUGCGGACGCCAAGCCGGACGCAUCAGGUGCACUGGUUCCGAAUACGCACCGUCGCGAUACGUUCUGGCUGCCUCAGCCUGAGGUCAUUCGACGACUGCGAGAGCGUGAUCACCCCAUUCGCUUGUUUGGCGAGACGAAUGAAGAUGUGCUCGAGCGGUUGAGACAAUUGGAGAUUGUCGAGCCAGACACCAACAAGGGCUUCCGGAACGACUUCAUGGAUGCCAUUGGCGUUGUGGAUCAGGAAAUGCUCGACGAGCUGAUGCAGCAAGAAGCAAGCUCGCGCUCGGCCAAAGUCAGGAAAGCCGACACCAUCGAGAGCGAAAAGACAUCGUUCCAAGAGUUGCAGAAACAAGCACGAGGCCUUGACGAGAAUGACAUUCCUGGCAAUCUUGUUCUCGUCUUGAAACUCUUAAAGUACCUGCUCAAACUUUGGGAAACUGAGUUGGAUGAGCGCUCUGAAGAGGAAAAGCGCGCAAUGGCGGGCAAGUUGCUCAGUGCAACCGUCAUUCAAACGCUGUCGUACCUGAAACCGCUUUUCCGUCUGAUCAAGCAAAAGGCUGUGCCAGACGACAUUGCGCCAUUCCUGAUCCGCAUCGUCCGCUUCAUGCUCGAGCGCGAGUACUCUCAGGCUGGCGAUUCGUACAUGAAGAUGGCGAUUGGCAACGCGCCAUGGCCCAUGGGUGUGACGAUGGUUGGUAUUCACGCUCGUGGAGGCCGCGAGAAGAUUUCCGCUGGCAACAUUGCCCAUGUGCUCAACGACGAGACCGCCCGCAAGUACAUCCAGGCACUCAAGCGCCUCAUGACCGUGUGCCAACGAAGAUUCCCUGCUGCCCCUUCGAAGAGUCUCGAGUUUGUUCGUCAAUGAAAUAUUUUGUGAUGUAAUGAAAAGUUGACGUCAUUUUUUA